GAUAAAUUCUAUUAUGAGGCCAAUGGGAACCCAAGAGAAGAGAAGGAGGAAGUAUGGUCAGGAUACCAAUCCUCUUUGCCAAUCUCAGAAAUUUGGAGGUCUGGAGCAGGAAACUAUGUAUAAGACAAGGAAUUUGGUGAACAUUCACUCCUCAUCUCCUGAUAUUUUGAGUAGCGCAAAGGUCCAAAACUCUAACAGGCUGUUUUUCCGAAGCUCUAUGCUUCAGCCUAAGACAGGAGGAAAUGCAAGCGGGAGGGUCUAUGAUACAAAGAGAAAAAGCAGUAUAGCUAAGUUGAACGAAACCUGGCAUCUGAGUGAUCGCAAGUUCUUGAGGACAAAUGUAAUCUUAUCAACAGAAUCGCUUCCACAGUCAAACUUAAAUUUAGAUAUGAAAUUCUUCCGGAAAUCCAACCCAAGAGUGGAGUUUCACCUCCCUGCAGACGGAGUUAUUACUCAGGAUGAUGAAAUUCCUGAUGAAAGGACCUCUAAUUCUGGCUUGAGGAAUCCAUUGACAGAUGAUACCUAUGAGUCAGCAAUUCUUGACCUCAGGAAUAACGAUAAGAUGAAUACGCAGGAGAUUCAUAGCAAAUACACUAAACGUUUCAAUGGACAUAAGUCUAGGUCUAAUAAGUAUCAUCACAAGAUCAGCCCAGAGAAGCGGAUGAAGAAGGAAGCAAAGCCGAUCCAUUCCAUAUUAAAAACAAGUCCAAAUUAUAGAAAAAGGGAUGAUUUUAGCUUCCAAAGAGCUUCUCUUAAGGAUGACAACCCAUUUUCUACUCUGAAAGCUAAUAAGAAUGGGGCUGAGACUUCAAGAUAUUAUGAUAAAGGAAAGAUUAAUCCUGAGAUACACCUCGAGAACACUGAUUACCGGAACAAAAGCUCCUCGAUUACAGGAGUCAUGAAAUCGUCUUAUGAAUUAUUGAAAGAAACUGAUGACAAGAAUCUGCAGAAUUUUACGAUAAGGAACCAAUUCGGUUUUAACCAGGAAAACAAACUGGAUAGAGGAAGAAACUCAAUGGAUCCAUUUAACAAGACCCAGGUUAUUCACUCCCAGGUUAUUGACUCUAAGAGGUUGUCGGCAGAGCCUUCCUAUCUAAUUAAAGGGAAAGCUCAUCCACUCGUAAAAUUUUCUCAGAUAGAUCUUAACCAAGAGCAGGCAUGAGAAGAAGUGAAGGAUAAAUCCUCAGCUCGAUGUAGUCAAGCAGAGCUUAGAGCGGAGCACCAGGAGGUUAAGACAUAUGAUAUCUGUGAAAACGAGAUCACCUCUGAUCCUGAUGAAAGGCCUAUUCAUCCUGCUAAUAAUAUAUCAGUGAAAAUCCAGAUUUGAACUCAGAAGCAUCAGGUGAAAAGGAAGGAGAGAAGGGAGAAAUUUCCUAAGAGCAUUAAGAAGGAGAAAAUAAACUUCAAGGAGGCAAAUAAAUCAAUGAGCAAGAUCUCACCCAGAAUUCAGAAAGAAAUUCACCCGGUUAUUAAGGAACAGGAUUCCAAAACUUUCUUAAAGAAGGGAUCUGGCCAUAAAUAUGAUCCAAAGGAGGCUAUAAAGGAGUCAAAUUCGAAGUUUUUGAAGAAGGCCAAGUCUCAAGCAUGUCUCUCUAGCAGCUCCAAAACUAUUGCCAUGUCUUUUAAAGAAAUUCCUGAUCUUGCUCAGAAGAACAAGGAAGAUAGCGGGAAUGCCUAUGAAAAUAAGAGUGAUAAGAGGAACACCAUCUUCCAGAAAAGUCUUAGUUUGUAUAAGGCUGGUAAGAACUAUCAGAAGAAGAGCCCCAAGAAGGAGAAUGGGAAGCUCAAGAAAUCCAAGUAUUCUGAAGGUACCAACUCUGCUACUGAUCUUCUUCAAAAGACAAAGAAUAUUCCGAAUCCUUAUAACCCAGAACCGGUUGAACUUAAAAAGAAUUGCUCUGCAUCCACACUCAAGUUGUCAAAGAGGCUCAGGGAGAUAAGGCUGAACCAGCAUUUGGAGGAAUCUGUGGUCGCUAAAACUGUUGCUUCCGAUAUAAAAAGUAAUGACGAGUCUUCUCAUGCUUCAGUCAAGAAGAAAAAACCAAAGUUUCCAUAUGCUCGAUAUAGGGAAAUCAAAAGAUCACUUGUGGGGUGAAAGGAUGAUUAUGGAGCAAAGAACACAUCCAAGAUUGAAAACUCGCUCAACUCUAGUCCGUGAGGCCGGAAAGGGGUUUAUAGGUCAUAUCUAGCCCAAAAUUCAUCAGAGAAAAAGUAUUAUGGUUAUGCUAAGAAAAUGUAAUUCCUUAAUAAGAAGAACACCUGGA